GGCGAUGAAGUUCCAUGACCAGCAGAGGUCUAAGAACUUCAAUAACGCGAAGCAACUUGAGGAUGAGCUGUGGAGGCAUGGCAUCAGCAAUGUUCAUGUGCAAUUCUUGGAGGAGCAAUCUGCGUUUGUGCCACCGAUUGAUCCUCGCUGCGUUGCCAGUGUCGUGCAGCGGAUUUCUGCCGACCUUGUGUCGCUGAAGAACUGGGACAAGGAUCUGCCAUUGCUUGACAGCUGCGUGUUGCAGGCAGUAGCCAUCUGGAGGACCCUGCGCGAAAGGGCCCAACGGGAUUCGGAAAGCUGUCAGCUUUUAGAGGCCUUCGACCACGGGUCACUCGCGUUGGCGGCCACGGCUCUGCAGCUGACGGCUUACAGAACUGGGGUCGAGACGGUGAAGAGGUGGAACGAGGCGCCCGUGCCGCAAGGCAGAGACCCACGCCGUCGGGGCGUGCAGCGGCUGCUGAGAGCGCUCGUAUAUGGGAUCGAGCCAUCCGUGGAGGAAUUCCUGCAGAUCUUCGCCAAGCGCUGGGGCUUCCUGUGCCAGUCAAGCCAGUCGCAGGAGUCAGGUCACGACGUGACCGCUCCGCUGCUGGUCUCUGGUGCGAUGCGUUCGGCCCAGCUGGCCCUGCUGAGGGGGGAAGGCGCGGAAGCCACGCCCAG